GGGCGGCCCGGUCACUCACUCGUCGCUAGAAUGGCGCUGUGCAUGGUUCGGAGAAUGUGUGCGCUUCGCGGGCUUGCUGGCGGCAUGAGCCGCCUCGGGGCAGCGAGGAUCACUGUCUCUAGGCCCAUGGCAUCUUCGGGUAUUCCUACUGAUGAAGAACAAUCAACUGGGCUUGAGCGGAAAACCUUGCAAGCUAUGAAGAAAGGAAUGGAUCCCUACAGCAUCUUCAAACCUAAAGAGUAUGCAGGCACCAAGGAGGAUCCCCAUAUUGUUCCGUCAAUCACUGAGAAGAGGCUUGUUGGUUGCAUUUGUGAAGAGGACAACACUGCAAUUGUUUGGUUCUGGCUUCAUUCGGGAAGUCCCAGCGUUGUCCAUCCUGUGGAUCUCACUAUAAACUUGAACAUCAUGAGCUUCCUCAUUAGCUCCUUAACAGUUGCUAUUGACUUUCUCCAGUAAUUUGCUUUAAAUUAACUGUCUUUAUCACUUGAAACAAAAUAAUAGAUUAUGUGCACUUUACAAAAUAAAUACUGAAUAAUGGUCUAUAA